AAAAGCCUGUGUUAGGGUGAACUACAUUACCCAGCAGCCUCUGGGCAGUGAUGGGAUUCAUGGGAUUUCGGAGCUGGAUGGUGUUCGUUCGUUCCUGGGCUGGCGAUUGAGGAGAGAGCUGCUGGGAAGGGAAGCAAAUAGCCCAUCCUGUAUUUGUUGGGGAUGGUGUGCGUCAAUUAAAAAAACCACACCAUAUCACCCCUCCACAUCCUCCUACUGUAUGCCAUACCUUCCUGUACCAUCCAUCUGACCGCCAAUAAACUCCACCUGUGGUAAUCUAAUCCCUGGAUGUCAGCCUCUCCUUCUGACCGAGGAUAGUUACUAUUGCAGCACACCCCAGCAUUAAACUGACGUACACCAUUCUGUACAAAGUGGUCCUUCGAGCCGGAUGUGCUGCACCUGCAUGACAUGGCUGCCUCCAGAGAUCAGGAUGAUGCACAAAGUCCCCGUCCUAGCAGGAGCCAUCGAAUCCCUGGACAUCUGGAGGACUAUGAGUUGUCCUACCGUACCCGUGGGCCAAGGCUGUCACCCAAUCUAACAGAGGAGGUUAUGAUGGCACCGUCAAACUCCCACUACACAAGGAGGCCGGAUGUGGAGGAGAUAAGAUGGCGAAGAAUGGAGGAUUGUCUGAUUAAUAUCCAGCAUCAGAUGCGAUCUCUGCAAGUGACUGUAGCAGAGUCCCGUGACCUUAACAAACGGGUGCAGCGACUAGAGCAGCUCACCCCUCCAGUGCCAAAGGGGCCAUUAAUGGAGGUGGAACCAAUGGCUUCAGCUGUCUCUACACCAAAUCCUACGGAGAGGGAGCCCAAAUCGAUUCAGGAGGGGGAGAGAAUUACAGAGCCCGUCCUUGUGAUGUCAGCUCCUUCAGCCCUACUCCCUGGCACUUCCACUGCACCCGUUGGGCCACCCACAGAGCUCUCUAUGGAUAGAUCAGCGUCUGCUCCGAGAUUCACUUCACCAUGUCCUGACUAUCUUCUCACACCAGUGCAUCCAGCAACUCCUGCUCCACCUGCUGUAGCCAGCACUGCAGCUCCACCAGCAAUACAGAUGUCUGGGCCUCCUGUGCCAUCGCAGACACCUCAACCAGACCCUCCCUUAGUGGCCCAGCCGGCCACUAUGCAACCUUCUACUGCAAAGGAGGACGUCACUCGGGGUUUCCAGCCAUGGAUCCCCCCACUUCGCCCUCUGUAGAAAAGCCUGUGUUAGGGUGAACUACAUUACCCAGCAGCCUCUGGGCAGUGAUGGGAUUCAUGGGAUUUCGGAGCUGGAUGGUGUUCGUUCGUUCCUGGGCUGGCGAUUGAGGAGAGAGCUGCUGGGAAGGGAAGCAAAUAGCCCAUCCUGUAUUUGUUGGGGAUGGUGUGCGUCAAUUAAAAGUGAGUUCAUGUUCCAUGCUCAAGAAGUUUACCCUGCUACUUGUGUGUAUUGGGUUUAGUGGCCGUUAGCAUAUGUGCUAGUUAGCGAUAGCUAUUACAGCCCAGUUAUUUGAUUGUUUUGGGCUUGUUCUUGCUCUGUUUGGUCCACCUGCCAAUUGAUGUGAAUUUGUACACUGUAACAGCGCUGCAUUACGUAGUGGUUAAGUAGGGGGCUGACUGUUUACUAGGUGCAUCAUCAUAAGUGGGUCAUCUCUUGUGUUGGAGUGCCCUCUUGUGGCGCCUUUUGGGUAGUGCCUCAGUAAAUGUGAAACCGUAAGUGAUAUCAAACUGAUUUGUGGUGGAGGGAUUUGUUACCAGUUUUCUUAAUCUUUGAUCCGUAUUCAUGCCUGUUCUAUUAUUGUUCUGUUUCCUAUGCCCUGUUCUUAAUCAUAGAAACCACACCAUAUCACCUCUCCACAUCCUCCUACUGUAUGCCAUACCUUCCUGUACCAUCCAUCUGACCGCCAAUAAACUCCACCUGUGGUAAUCUAAUCCCUGGAUGUCAGCCUCUCCUUCUGACCGAGGAUAGUUACUAUUGCAGCACACCCCAGCAUUAAACUGACGUACACCAUUCUGUA